UGUUUUGAGCUUUGAUUUCUUCAUUACUACUCUAGAACAACGAUUUUGGUUUCUAAUCUAUUUGACUUUUGCUUCUUUGUUUCUUUCCUCCAAUUGCGUUUUUGUAACGUCAAAUGAUUUUUAUUUUACCCAUUUUCUUGCCAAAUCACUCUCUCAGAUUCAUAUUUGUCAUACAUGUGAUUUCUUACUCUUGUUUUUUACUGCAAGUUUUUUUAUUUUCUGUUAAUUUUUUUCUUCUUUCCUACCCCACAAAAUUGAAUUAUUGUACUUGAAGAAUCCUCACUCUGAUAGUGUUAUGUUAUGUACUUCUGUUUCAUGGCUGCAAUUUCAUUAAUUUGGAGUUAAUUCUGUUUUAGGAAGAUGCCGAUCAUGUCGCCGACCAAUUAAACGCGAUGAUUCUGUUUUUCUAGGUUGCCUUUUCUUUAGAAUUGAGGGUACCAUGCUCUAUGUUGUAUGAUUGAGAUUGAAACCUCCUACUACAUUAUCAUUUAUGGCAUUAUUGGGCGCAAAUGUUCGAUGCAAUGACAAUUUUCCAAGAUGCUAUUCAACUAGGGAGUUCAUGUUUGACUCUGAAGGCAGCACAUGGACCUCAUCUAAUGUUAAUAAUGAACCAAGGACUGAUUUCUACCACAUGGGACCUUUUCCAUCAUCAUCACCUUCUACCCCUUUAGGCUACAAUCAGGAGAUUGUGAAACAAACAAUACUUAAGCAUGAAGCCAUGUUUAAGGAUCAGAUUCGUGAGCUCCACCGUGUUUACCAAAAGCAGAGGGAGUUAAUGGAUGAAAUUAAAAGGAGGGAAUUGCAUAAACAAAAUGUAAGGUUGGAGGCUUCAUGGUCUAGUUCCGCUUUGUCAUCUAAAAACACCGAAAAUAUAUUUCGCUCACCAAACCUGCCCUGGUUAACCUCUCAAUCACCUGUUUUAUUUGCUGAAAACAUCCAGUUACCACCGGUCUUUGCUCAAGAAAAAAACAGGCAAAUUUUUCCUACUCAUGCUUCAACUGUAACCAAAGAAUCUUUAAAAGAUUAUAAACUACCAGAGUCCAAAUGUAAAAAAGUCGGUAAAAAGAUAUUGGAUCUUCAACUUCCUGCCGACGAGUACAUUGAUAGCGACGAAGGUGAAGAUAACGUACCAUUUAAGCUUGACUUAAAUGUACCAUGUAGGCUUGAAGUAGAGCCAGCUGCAAUGUCUUGUGAUAUGGAGGGCCCUGCGCAUCAUAUGAACAAUUGUUUGUAUGAUCCAUCAAUGAGAACAAAAUUUGGAUCUCAAAAUUUACGCGGUGAUGUCAUUAACAAGAGACAGGAUCUUGAAGGAUGCUCAAAUAAUUCACUGCCAGAAAAUGAGAAGAAAUGUGAAUGGAAGUCCUCAGGGCUAAGUGGUGGUUUGUUUCAUUCUUUUGCUAAAGGUAUUAAUACAGAAAAGCAACCAGUUUCAGUUGAUUCGUUGAAUAAGAACGUGGAGCAAUUUGAUGACGGUUCAUGUUUCCGUUCAUCACAUCAAAUUAACCGUGGACCUUGGACAAAGAGAAAGUUUGGUAGCAGUGAGAGCUCUGCACAAACUCAAUGUUCUACAAGUAACGAUUUGAUUGGGGCAAUGGGGUUGCCUUAUCUUAAAGAAAGUAAAACCUCAACCCAUAUUGAAUCUGUUGUCUUAAAUCCUAAAGAUACAGGAGUUUUACAAGGUUUCAAAUUAAGGGAGAUUGGGGAAAGUAACUUAGGUACAGAAAAGGCUCUUGCAUUUCACAGCAAUGGAAAGCCGCCCAAGUCAUCUGAUCCACAUUCUUUUCAUGACUUCGCCACUGAAUUCUUCCAAAACCAAUCCAAAAAUCAAAGAAUUGAAGACAUCGAUAAAGGCGGCAUUUCUGUUGUAAAGUCAUCUUGUAUUGAUGUGCCUAACUCGGGGGAACUGAUUCCCUCAGGUGAGCAUUUGAUUAAGAAUGAGAAGCAGGAGUUUUUGGCAGGUAUUAUUGACCUAAAUUCAAGCAUGAUUGAGGAUGAGAAUAUGCCAAUUGAUGUUGACUUUCAUGCACCCGCGAGUCCGGAGAACAAGGAAUGCUCUCCACCCAGAGGAGAAUCUGAUGAAAACCAGCUUCUGACACCCUUUCAAUUUACAAAACAGGAGGAUCACCAUGUGCAAGAAGAGCAAACCAGAAUUGCAGCACAAGCUUUGGUUUCCAUAUCAGGAUUUGUAGCUCAAAAAGACAUCCAAAUGACAACUUGUUCAUCAUCUGAAUCUUUUUUGAAUAGUCCUCUUAACUGGUUUGCUGCAAUUGUUGCCACAACAGCGGAUCAUCUAGAGAAUGACAACGAAACCGAUUUCAACAAUAAAGUUAAUGGUCUCAAGGAGUUUCUGUCUGAUGAAAUGGAUUACUUCGAGUUCAUGACCUUAAAUUUGACAGAGAAAACAGACCUAGAUUGUUUCUGCAAGAAUAAUGACCAAACCGAGCAAAUUUGUGGAUCAACUUCACAAAAUCAACCAAGGAAGAGUGUCCGAACAAAUAGGGGAAGGUGGCGAAAGGAUUUUCAGAGUGAAGUCCUUCCAAGCAUUGCUUCUUUGUCAAGGUAUGAGGUAACUGAGGAUCUUCUGACUAUUGGAAGUCUUGUAAGUGUUGGUACUCACUCCGAGACGUGCUCUCAAAGAAAUGCACAUAGUAAUGUACCAAGUAGGGGGAAGAGAAGAUCCUGUACUUCAACCUCUAACACCAAAGACACAGACUUGUUAAACUUGAAACAGCUAACUAGCAUCUCUAAAUUGGGAAUUGAGAAAAAGUGUCUAAUAAGUUGGGGAAAGACGUGUAAAAAGCGAAGGGGGAAGAGAUUUCGCAUCACUAAACCUUGGUUUAUUUGAAGCUAAGUAUAGAACUAAUUCUUAGACUAUGUUCAUUGACAUUGGAUGAGAUUUUUAUGAAGUAUAGAAUGAUUUGUAAAUGUCUUAUUAUACAAUAUAGUAACUGAAGGAUAGAAAAAGAACUUUAUUGUAUAUCCUGUUUUUCAUUGGGAUUGAAUCCAUUAUAUCCUCUCAUUGAAGAGAUGGAAUUA